CGUUGUCCUGAUGUUUGGUAAACAGAGGUAGGUAAGAACGUCAACAACUUUGACCAUCAAACGACACCGUUUGUACCUGUAGGCUCCUACCUCAGCUGCAUCGAACGUCCGUCUGCCUUCAAGCUCAACCACCACCCAUUGAUAAAGCAGACAAAACAACUGCAAACCCGGGAAAAAAGUAACCCAGAGAGAAAUCGGGUCGGAUCCCAAGAUGGGCGUAACACCGAAAAUUGCUCCAUCCAUGCUUUCAUCGGACUUUGCGAACUUAGCAUCAGAGGCAAAGCGCAUGCUUGACUUUGGAGCUGAUUGGCUUCACAUGGAUAUCAUGGAUGGGCACUUUGUCCCGAACUUAACCAUUGGUGCUCCAGUCAUUGAGAGUUUAAGAAAGCACACAAAGGCAUAUCUUGAUUGCCACCUUAUGGUCGCUAAUCCUAUUGAUUAUGUUGAACCUAUGGGUAAAGCUGGUGCUUCUGGUUUCACUUUUCAUGUUGAGAUAUCCAAAGACAACUGGCAAGAACUUAUCCAAAGAAUUAAGUCAAAGGGCAUGAGGCCUGGUGUGGCAUUAAAGCCUGGAACACCAAUUGAGGAGGUUUAUCCACUGGUUGACAGUGAAAAUCCUGUGGAAAUGGUUCUUGUGAUGACUGUAGAACCUGGAUUUGGUGGACAAAAGUUCAUGCCAGAAAUGAUGGAUAAGGUGCGUGUUCUAAGGAAGAAAUACCCAUCACUUGAUAUAGAGGUGGAUGGUGGUUUAGGGCCUUCAACUAUCGAUAUGGCUGCUUCAGCAGGGGCAAAUUGCAUUGUUGCAGGGAGUUCAGUAUUUGGAGCUCCUGAGCCAGCUGCAGUUAUAUCCCUUAUGCGAAAGAGUGUUUUGGAAAAUCAGGAGAAAUGUUGACAUUGUUACAGGCAAGAUAAAGCAUAUGGGUUUUAAUGAGCAAAUAUAUACUGAUUGUAUGAUAGAUUGGUCUCACAUGAUAAGUUUUGAAAUUCAAUAAAAUGAUACAAUUGUUGGUGGCAAGAUUAUCAUCUCAUGAUGUGACCUUUAAAGAGGUGUAUGUAUUAAAACCGGCUACAAAAAAUCCUUAAAUAAUGUCUACUUUUAAUUGUAACCUGUAUGUUGUGGGACAUAGGUUUACCACAAAUUUUGUCACUUAAAUCAUUUGCAAUGUCUAUUUAGUAAUAACUGUUGUUCU